AUGUCUAAUAUUGUUAACAUUGAAUAUAAUAGGGUGACUAACACUACAUCUACCGAUUUCCCAGGUUUUUCUAAAGAUGAUUUAAAUGCUUGGGAUGUUAACAAAUUUAAAGAUGAUUUAGAGAUCAAUAUUAGCAGUAUAAAUUCUAGAGAGGCUAAUUUUGAUUUGAUUAAUAUAGAUACAUCUAUUGCCAAUGCCUUUCGUCGUAUUAUGAUUUCAGAGGUUCCAUCAGUUGCCGUUGAAUAUGUUUAUUUUUUGAAUAAUACCUCUGUUCUGCAAGAUGAAGUAUUAGCUCAUAGAAUUGGUUUGGUACCAUUGAAGGUUGAUCCUGACAUGUUGUCUUGGAUAGAUAGUGAGCUUCCUGAAGAAGAAAAAUUCACCGACGAGAAUACCAUAGUGUUAAGUUUGAACGUUAAAUGUACAAUGAAUCCAGAUGCGCCAAAAGAUUGUACUGAUCCAAAAAUUUUAUAUAAGAACUCAAACGUUUAUGCUCGUGAUUUAAAGUUUGAACCACAAGGGAAACAAGUUGAAUCAUUCGCUAAUUAUCCAGUGGUGCCAGCAAAUCCAGAUAUUCUCCUUUGUAAAUUAAGACCUGGCCAAGAAAUAUCAUUGAAGGCUCAUUGUAUUCUAGGUAUAGGGUCUGAUCAUGCUAAAUUUUCUCCAGUAGCAACCGCAUCGUACAGAUUAAUGCCACAUAUAAACAUUACUCAACCUAUUACAGGAGAAGAUGCUAAAAAGUUUCAAAAAUAUUUUAUGCCUGGUGUUAUUGGUAUCAAUGAUAAUGGUGAAGCUUAUGUAAAAGACGCUAGAAAAGAUACUGUAUCAAGAGAAGUAUUCAGACAUCCAGAAUUUGAAGGUAAAGUUAAAUUAGGUAGAGUAAGAAAUCAUUUCAUUGUUAACGUAGAGAGCACAGGUGCAAUGACCCCAGAAGAAAUAUUUUUCAAGUCUGUUAGAAUCUUAAGAAAUAAAGCUGAAUAUUUGAAAAACUGCCCGUUAACUCAAAGUUAG